AUGAUAUUGGACUUUAACUUGUACAUGCAGCUUAUGCGGCCCAAAAUGGAUUAUCAAAUUUUCUUUUUUGAAGAAGUAGACAAGUUUCAUUUUCUGAUUCAAAUUUGUUAUGUGAAAUCUGGUGGAAGAAAAACAUUAGAGAUGUCCAACUCUGAGAAAAACAAUGCUGAUCAAUUGGAGAAUGAUGGUGUUGAGGGCUCUGCUCAGCCUGUUCAAGCUGAUACUGGAACUGAAAAUGCAAAAAUAUUGCAAGGUAAAAAAAGGAAGCAAAUUGUUAGUAGAUCGAUCGUCUGGGAUCAUUUUAAGCGUAUAACCGACGACGACGGGAAGGUAAUCAGCGCUAAGUGUUUAUAUUGUGCUAAAAUUUACCAAUCAUCCACUAAGUUAAAUGGCACAUCUACACUUAGAGCUCAUAUGCUAGCUUGCCUUAAGAAUCCACAGAGUAGAGAUACCAGACAAGCUUUACUUACUUUGCAGACUACAAUGAAUGUCCCUGAUGUUGGUGAGGAUGAGGGGAUUGGAAAAUUAGGAGCUUGGAAAUUUUCUCAAGAAUUAAUCAGGAAUGCUGUAGCCUUUAUGAUAAUUGUUGAUGAAUUACCAAUUAGGUUUGUUGAGGGAAUUGGGUUCAAAAAGUUGAUGGAUAUUGCCUGCCCUAGGUUUAAAAUCCCAUCUAGAUGGACUGUAACUAGGGAUUGCUUUCAGCUAUACCUUGAUGAAAAGUUGAAACUUAAAGCCUUAUUAAAAAAUCACAGUCAAAGGGUAAGUAUAACUUCUGAUAGUUGGACAAGCAUUCAACGAAUUAACUAUAUGUGUCUUACCUGCCAUCGGUUAGAUGAUGAGUGGAAAUUGCAUAAAAGAAUUUUAUCAUUUAUUCCAGUUACUGGACAUCGGGGUGAGUACAUCGCUAAGUCAUUAGAGAAUUGCUUACUAGAGUGGGGACUUAAAAGUAUUUUCACAAUUACAAUGGAUAAUGCUUCGAGCAAUGAUGUGGCAGUUUCAACUUUCAAGAAAAAAUUAAUUUCAUGGGGAACAUCUGUGUCUAAAGGUCGAUAUUUGCAUAUGAGAUGCAUAGCGCAUAUUUUAAACUUGGUUGUUAAUGACGGAUUGAAAGAUAUGCAUGUCUCUAUCAAAAAAGUAAGGGAUUGUGUUAGGUACAUCAGAAACAGCCCCGCAAGGCUUAAAAAAUUUAAAGACCUUGCCACAUUUGUUGAAAUAGAAACAAAAAAAUGUCUUUCCCUUGAUGUUCCUACCCGAUGGAACUCUACAUUUCUGAUGCUUGAAACUGCUUCCUUGUAUGAAAAGGCAUUUGAAAAAUAUGAUGAGGAGGAGUCGUCAUUUAGGACAGAUAUGCAAAACAAUUUACCCAACUCUCUUGAUUGGGAAAUGAUUAGAAAAUUUUCUGAAUAUAUUAGUGAUCUGCAUAUGGUAUUAAUUGAUAUGAUGGACAGUGAAGAUAUUGAUGUUAAGAAUAUGGGUCAGAAGAUGAAGAGCAAAUUUGACAAGUAUUGGGGUGACCCCGAUAAAAUGAAUAAACUGAUUUUUAUUGCAUAUGUGUUUGACCCUUCUGCUAAGCUAGAUGGAAUGGAGUAUUCACUAACAUCAAUGUUUGGUGAUGAAAAAGGUUCAAAUCUGUUUCAAUCUGUUAAGUGUGAGCUUGCUCUUUUAUUUGAUGAGUACAAGUCUAUGUAUGAAACUGUUGUUGAUGGAAGCAAUGUGUGUUCUCAAUCGAAUUUGAACCUACGCGAGGGAGUCCCUUCUACAAUAUCAGCUCGAGUUUGUGGUGUUAAAAAGCCUGAAUCACUUACGAAAGCUAGAUUUAAAAAGCAUAGAAAGGAAAAAGGCACCCUAGCUAACAAGAAGAGUGAGCUGGAAAUUUAUCUUAGUGAGUCCCUCAUUGAGGAUGAUGAUAAUUUUGAUGUAUUGAAGUGGUGGAAGCUCAACUCAGAGCGUUUUCCGAUCCUAUCCAAAAUGGCUCGUGAUAUUCUUGCUAUUCCCAUAUCUACCGUCGCCUCCGAAUCAGCUUUUAGUACCGGUGGUAGGGUACUGGACUGCUUUAGAAGUUCCUUAACUCCUAGAUUGGCAGAAGCAUUAAUAUGUGCGCAAGAUUGGCUUAGAGCAUCGAACCUUCCUUUGAUAGUUGAAGAAUCAAUUGAUGAGCUUGAGUUGUUUGAGCAAGGUUGUAUAUUUAGUUGCCGAAUCAUGGGCCUCUUGCUGGCUGAAAAUGCAGCAUGGACAGCAUCUUUUGAUGCUGUAUUUUGUUUUUUGGGCAAAGAGAUGGUGUUUUUUUUGGGAGAAAUUGUGAAAUGGUCAAAUUUUCCAAGUUUAGGCAACAAGCAUGAUAAUUUUUUGGUUUUGAUGGCUUCUAUCUUGAUCAUUAAUUCUGUUUCUGGUGCAUAUGGAUCUAUAUUCAAAAUUCUGGACUCAUUACAUAAUUUGUUGAAUGUCCCAGCUUCAGAUUCCACCCACAACAUUGAUGUCUUCAGUUACUCUUGUGGUUCACCUGAUUUUGAGUUGCCUGUGAAUUUGGAAAGUGGCCAUUCCUUGUGCUUGGAGCAUUUUUUUGAUGCAUAUGCAUCCACCUCUCUAUAUGUUUUGGACUUUUAA